UUUCAUGCCACAAUGGCAGACUUGAGUAGUUUCUGUCUGACUCUACAGAAAAAUGUUUCCAAUCCAUUGUAAAUAGUCACAUGAUGGUCUGGGUCAGACCAAAUGCAAUAGUACUAAAGGAAUGUGAAGCAAGGUGAUUACUAUACGAUGUGGCUACUUAGGAAAGAGAGGAUGUGCUGUGAAAGGAAUUUCAUCUUUAAAUGGCAGGAACACGUAGAGAAGGGCGUUUUAUGUGGGAGAGAACAGCAUAAGUAAAAUCCCUUAGGAAUGAGGAGAUUUUGAGUAUGUGGGACUAUUUCAAAAACCGUUUUAGCAAGAUUGGAAUUAGAUAGCAGUGAAAAUGAAGUUGAAUGGGUGAGACUGUUGUUGGCGGGCUUAAAAGCUAGGAAUCUGAAUUUGCGUUUAAUCUGACAGGGUACUGAAAGCCCACUAUGAAUUCUUCACAGGGAAAUGAUGUGAUGGAAGUAACAUUUUAGGACAGUUAAUCUGACAGCAGUUUGUGGGAUGAACUCAAGCUUGGAGAACCCUAAGACUCAGCGGUUACUGGAGUAAGCCUGGCAUGAGGAACUAAGAUGAAUAUAGAUAUGGAGAGGAAUGGUAGACUCUGAGAUGCUGGAAAGAAUGCAGCUGACAUUGUGACUGACUAGAUUUAGAGAAUGGUUGUGAGAGGAGAAUUUGGAAAAGAUCAACUGAAAUGUGAACAGUUUUUAUGAGAGAAAAUAUGUGUUUUGUUUUUGACAUCUCCAAUUUCUGGUGUUUUAGAGCCUUGGAGAGUAGGGAAGUGUUUGGAGGUAUGGACUAGACGAAGGCUCUGGGGGAGUUUACAUGAAAGGAAGAGAGCACAGGGCAGAGAGGCUUGGGUUGCCUUCCUUCUGGAAGGAAGAGGGAGUGUAAAGAGCAAAGUGGACAAAGGAAUAGGAGGACUUGGGAGAGCAGUGUUCCCCGGUGUGUAUCCUAGGAAAGGCUUCUUGUAUAGACUGUUAACAGAUAUCCCUUGAACAAAGGGUGCCAUGGCCAAGUAAGUCUGGUAAACUCUAGUUUAAGCAAAGUUAAACUUGCUUUAGAACCUCUCAGAUUCUUUAGUAAUAUGGGCCAUUAUUUCUAUCUCCAACUAAGAUCUGUUUCUCCAAGUGUGGAUUCAUGUAUCCAACUUUCUACCCGACAUUUCCACUUGGUUAUCUGUUAGGCAUCUAAAACUUACCUGUCCAAAACGGAAUUCCUUGUCUUCCCCCACAAAACUUAUUUCCCGAUUUCAGUUGAUGGCAACUCUGUCUUUUCCUUUUAGUAAAAAAUGCCAUGUAAGUAAUAUAUCAAUUAUUUUCUUUAAUGUGUAAAAUGCCCAAAGGAAUUGAGAUUAAAAAUAAAGUUGCUCAGAUCAAAAACCUUGGAGUCAUCCUUGAUCCCUUUCUUUUUCCUCUUUCUCAUCCAAUUCAUUAGCAGCCACACUGGCUCUACUUUCAAAUAUAUGCUCUGUCUGGUCCCUUCUCACCUCAAGUGAUUCUGUUCAACUCUUACCACUUUUUUCUAUAGUAGUUUCCCAUUUCACUAAGGAUAAAUUUAUCAGUCCUUCCAGUGGCCUGCAAGGCCUUUUAUGAUCUGGCUUCUAGUUGACUCUCUAAUUUAUCGUUCUUUUCCUCCUUUACUCUGCUCCUGAUUCAUCUCUUUCUCUUUCUGAAACAGAACUUAGGCGCUUUAUUAGCUUAGGGCUUUUGCACUUACUGUUUCCUGUGUCAGUGGCACUUUCCCCCAGAUAUCUGUAUGGCUAACUAACUCUCAAAUGCCACCUUCUCGGAAAGAUACUUUGACCACCAUGUUUAAAAUAGAAAAUGUGUCCUUGCUCUAUUUCUCAUCCCCUUUACUCUAUCUGUGUUACUUUUUUUUCCCCACAGCACUUAUCACCUUCUAACAUAUUGUAUUUAAAGUAAUAUUUGGUUUUUUAUUUACUGUCAGCCUCUUCCUACUAGACUGGGAGCUUCAUGAGUGUAGAUAUUUUUGUCUGUUUUGUUCACUGAUGUAACUCAGGCACCUGGAGCAGCGCCUGACACAGCAUAGACACCUAAUAAGUGUUUGUAAAAGGAGGGACUGAAUCUUUAAGAUGGCAAUGUAUGUCCUCAUAAAGUCCUUUUUCUCCUCCCGUGGAGAUCUCUUUAUCCUGGGUUUCCCAGGGACACACUUUGGGAAAUUCUGCUGUGAUGUCUGUGGAAUUCAACAGAGAAGAAAAUUCCAAGAAUGGUGAAAUUGACACAACUGGGAAGUUGAAGAAAUUUUGACCUCUUAAGCGAAAUCUGCGUACAUACAUGUAAGAGAAGCAAAAAUGUCAGAUGAUAUCAGGAAAAGGUUUGAAUUUCCAAAUUCUCUUAUCCAAUCACAGGCUGUGGGUCACCUUAUUGCUGCUGUCCUAAAGGAAAAUGUUUUUUCAGACAAGAUUCACCAAUCCACAAACCAGACGCCUGCACUGAACUUGCUGUGGGAGAAGUGUUGCAGUGACAACGUCGUGGUUCGGACAGCCUGCUGUGAGGGUCUGGUGGCACUGGUUGCUCAGGAGCAUGCUGAGUUCAGCUAUGUUCUCAAUGGGAUACUCAACCUGAUUCCAUCCACCAGGAAUACACAUGGCUUGAUAAAAGCCAUUAUGAAAUUAUUACAAAUACAAGCUCUUAAGGAAGGACAGGGUGGGGAGAAGAAUAUUCAGGAUAUAUAUAAUAUUAGAAAUCAUCCUCAGCCUCUGAUCACUGUGCUUGAACACAGACCUGAUUGCUGGCCAGUACUUUUGCAGCAGCUGACAACUUUUUUCCAGCAAUGCCCUGAAAGGUCAGAAGUUUCAUGUGUCCAAAUCAUGGCACCAUUUCUAUGGUAUCUAUAUUGUGAACCAUCCCAGUUACAAGAAUAUGCUAGACUCAGACUAGCCCUGCUAAAAGUCUUACUUCAACCCCGGGUUUGUGACAAAGAGCAACCAUCAAUAUUGGAACAACGGAUACUUCAACUGUAUUGUGAGAUGGUUCCGUGUUUACAGAUGAAAGAUUUGAUAGAGACAACAGAAGUGAUGCUGUUUAUCGAGGAAGUGUAUUUAAGCCUUUUGCGUCAUCCCAUUUUCUGGAAAAUUCAGCUUGCCCAGAUGACCCUUCAGCUUCUAUGUGUCUGUGAAGUCAGCUUAAAGAUAACUGGGGAAUGUUCAUCUUUAAUUCACCUUUUAGAGCACAGUGUUGAAUUUCUGAAGGAGGAUUUUCCUGUUGAACUGGUCAUAAUUGGAAUAGCUUUACUACUGCUACAGUCUCCGGCAAGUCAGCAGAAGCCAAUCUUAAGUCUAGCUUUGAAGCUCCUCUCUUUUGCUGAGGGUCAGAAAAUCCCAAAGUCAUCUUUGCUGCUAGUGAUGCCAAUUCUGCAGAUAUUAUCUUCUACUGCCUUGGAAGACUGUAUCUCCAUGGAUGAGGAGGGCCCCUCUAGGCAGCAGUUGGCUCUAAACCUUUUGGAAAUGGUGCAGCAGGAGUGCUACAGAGAUGACCACCAAAAGCUCGCCUACAAGCUUGUGUUGCCCAUAACCAGCAUGUAUGGUUCAAUAUUUACAGCCUGGAGAAUCCUUAAAGUAAUGAGGGAAGAGUCUGCGGCAAGAGACUGGUUGGCUGCAGUAGAAUCAUUGCUCCCCAUUACUACAGUGAUCCCUGGGCAUGUUUUUCUUCUGCUGGCUCACCUCCUUGUGGAAGAUAAAGGACAAAAUCUUCACCAAAUACUGAAGGUCACUACAGAAUUAGCCCAAGCAGAUUCCUCUCAGGUACCAAAUCUGAUUCCAGUUUUGAUGUUCAAAUUGGGAAGACCGCUCGAACCUGUGUUAUAUAAUAAUAUCUUGUAUACUUUACCUACACUGGGUGUUCACAAGGUGUGCAUUGGACAAAUUCUACGAGUAAUCCAGCUUCUUGGAACCACUCCACAACUAAGAGCUGUCACUUUGCGCUUGUUGACAUCUUUGUGGGAAAAGCAGGAUCGUGUCUAUCCUGAACUGCAGCGUUUCAUGGCCAUGUCCGAUGUGCCCUCUCUGUCUGUGGGCAAGGAAGUCCAAUGGGAGAAACUGAUCGCUAAAGCAGCGUCGAUCAGAGAUAUAUGUAAGCAGAGGCCAUAUCAGCAUGGCGCAGAUAUGUUGGCCGCCAUUUCACAGGUGUUGAAUGAAUGCACCAAGCCUGAUCAAGCCACUCCUGCAGCCUUGGUGUUACAGGGUCUUCAUUCCCUCUGCCAAGCUGAGGUUGUUUGCAUUCGCUCCACUUGGAAUGCUCUCUCCCCAAAGCUGAGUUGUGACACAAGACCUCUCAUUUUGAAGACCCUCAGUGAAUUGUUUUCUCUGGUUCCUUCCUUAACAGUCAAUACAGCUGAAUAUGAGAAUUUUAAGGUUCAAGUCCUCAGCUUCCUCUGGACCCACACCCAAAACAAGGACCCAAUUGUAGCAAAUGCUGCAUAUAAAUCUCUGUCACACUUUAGUGCUGGAGAGCAUACCAUUCUCCAUCUGCCUGAACAGGUAAGACCAGAAAUCCCUGUUCCUGAUGAGCUAGAUGAAGAUGAAGAUGAUGAUGGUGACGAAAAGGAGGUGGAUCUUUCAGUUCCUGGCUUCUGCUAUCUCCAACUGUUGUCACUCACUGCUCCUUUGGUUUUACCAGCUUUGGAGGAAUUUUUUACAUCACUUGUGAAGCAAGAAAUGGUGAAUAUGCCCCGUGGGAUAUAUCACUCUGCAUUAAAAGCAGGUGUCCGCUCCGACCAAGGAAAGACUGUAGCAGGAAUCCCCAAUUUUAUUUUGAAAAUGUAUGAAAUGAACAAGCAACCAGGAUUGAAACCUGGCCUUGCAGGUGGUAUGUUAUUUUGUUAUGAUAUUUCAACGUAUCAGAGUAAAGAUGGCAAACCCUUGAAUCGACUGAUGGCCAGUAGAGGGCGAAGUUUCAAGCAGACCUCACUCGCUCUAGUGCAUGAGGUUCACAUCCAGCUCUCAGAGUGGCACCGUGCAAUUUUUCUCCCGCAGGCCUGGCUUGCAUAUAUGAAUCGAGCUUACCAUGCCGUUUUACAGGGAAGAAUAGCAGAGCUGGAGUUGCAGCUAAAACAUGGAAAAGAAGGACCUGAGGAGGUGCAAUACAAGAAAAGCACAGCCUGGCUCUGGGUGCGAGACAUGUUGACUGAGGAGAUCACCAAGUCAGCUGCAAAGGAGAGCCCAGUGGUCAAAGGCAACGCGUUGUUAGCCUUAAGCAGUCUUGCUGUCGUUGUGUCCAGACACGAAGCCAGCCUCUCUUCAGACUCUGAGGAAGUCCUGGAGGUUCAACCUAAUUUCCUUCCAAUGAAAGAGUGGGUUUUCAUGGUCUUUGAUACCCUCCUGGUCAUUGUGGAUAGCCAUUACCAACCCAGAGGACGACUUUUCUCCUGGUUUUAUUAUAAAUCCUAUUCUGGUGAAAACACAGCUAGUGCCAUUGCCCGCUCUGCUGCCGCCACGGCUUUGUCUCUCCUUGUGCCAGUUUUCAUUAUCUCUUGCAAAGAGAAGGUUGAGGAAAUCCUGAACAUGCUGACUGCCAGGUUACCUGGGAAACCAAGUGCUGAUGAGUCUCAAGCCGUGCAAAUCCACAUGGGCCUUGCUUUGGGGAUGUUUCUCUCUCGCUUGUGUGAGGAGAAACUCAGUGACGUAUCUGGCCAGCAGAUGAAUCUUCUUCUGAUGAAGUCCUUGGAUGCCCUGGAAAAUUGCUGCUUUGACUCUAGUCUUGAAUACAACACGGGCUGUAUAUUGGGAGUUGGACUUGUUCUGUCCUUCAUGAGCCACAGCGGCCAAAUGGAGUCACGAGUUCACGUGGCAGCAUCGCUUCGGAAGCUCUCUACGUACCUAGAUGACAGUGGGAGCCAGAGCAGAACGUUUCAGGAGGUCCUUGCCUAUACCCUUAGCUGUGUGUGUGCAUCAGCAUUCAGUGCUGGAAUUAUUGAGGCCGCAGAGGCUGAAGAUGUCAUGAACAAGCUUCGACAGUUAGUGGAGAACAGCCAGCAGACUUCAGGUUUCGCCCUGGCGUUGGGAAACAUAGUUCAUGGUUUGUCUGUGUGCGGACAUGGAAAAGCUGAAGACUUGGGCAACAAACUGCUCCCCGCCUGGAUGAGAAUUGUUCUAGCAGAGGGCACUCCCACAAUGCUUUGUUUGGCAGCUCUUCAUGGCAUGGUGGCCUUGGUUGGCUCUGAAGGGGAUGUAAUGCAGCUGAAGUCGGAAGCCAUCCAGACCUCUCAAUUUCAAGGCAGACUUAAUGAAGUCAUUAGAGCUCUAACUCAGGUCAUCAGUGUGUCUGGGGUGAUUGGUCUUCAGUCAAAUGCUAUCUGGCUUCUAGGACAUCUUCAUCUAUCUACUUUGUCCUCAAAUCAAAGUAGAACCUCUGUUCCUACUGACUACAGCUAUUUGCCUGAAAGCAGUUUUAUUAGAGCAGCCAUUGGUUUCUUCGUUACAGGAGGAAAAAAAGGUCCUGAGUCUGUAUCUCCUUCCCUUCUCAAAGUAGUGAUGAAGCCCAUAGCUGCUGUUGGAGAGAACUACCAGUAUCCUCCUGUGAACUGGGCCGCACUCCUCUCUCCACUGAUGAGGCUCAACUUUGGUGAAGAGAUACAGCAGCUGUGCCUUGAAAUUAUGGUGACCCAGGCACAGUCAUCCCAGAAUGCAGCUGCACUGUUGGGAUUGUGGGUGAUGCCGCCUCUGAUCCACGGUCUGAGUCCAACUAGCAAGAAAUACCUCCUGGUAUCUCUGCCUCUGUGGAUAAAACUCGUCUCUGAUGAACAGAUCGUGGGUUUUGUUGAAAACUUAGUGGUGGCAGUUUUUAAAGCAGCUUCUCCACUUUCUAAUCUCGAGUUAUGCGUGAGUGCCUUACAGGGUCUGGGCCAGGCCAUGAAGCUGCCCAGCCCUUCCUACCACCUCUGGAGUCUGCUCUGUGAAGCUACUGGGAAAAUUUUUGACCUUCUGCCAAAUAAGAUUCGGAGAAAUGAUCUAGAGCUGUAUAUCUGUGUAGCAAAAUGCCUCUCGGAAAUGACAGAUGAUGAAGUCACUCGGGGUGCCCAGAUUACUGAGAGCAGCAUAGAAAAGGCCACCUUUGUCCGACUGUACUUGGUCUCUCAAGGACGAUUGCCCUUGAUGGGCUUGACUGACAUGCUCAGUGUUGCUGUUCAGCACCAUGAACAAGACACACUGGCCUGGAUGAUGCUGCACAGCCUAUACCAGGCACGGAUUGUGAGCCAUGCCAACACAGGCGUGUUGAAGAGAAUGGAGUGGCUCUUGGAACUGAUGGGUUACAUCAGAAAUGUUGCUUACCAGUCAACCUCUGUUCAGAACACGGCUCUUGAUGAGGCUUUGGACUUCUUGUUGCUGAUAUUUGCAACCACAGUGGUUGCGUGGGCGGACCACGCUGCCCCUCUCCUCCUUGGCCUCAGUGCCAGUUGGUUGCCAUGGCAUCGGGAAAAUGGCCCGGCUGGGCCAGCAGCAAGCUUCCUUGGCAGCAGUCCAAUGCACAGGGUCACUCUGCAGGAGGCUCUCACUCUCCUUCCCAGUAGCAUGCCUCUUCUCCUGCAGAAAGAGCCGUGGAAGGAACAGACCCAGAAGUUCAUUGACUGGAUAUUCACCAUCAUGGAAAGCCCGAAAAAUGUCCUCUCAGCAAAAUCCAGGGAUCUUUUAAAAGCCACUCUGCUGUCCUUGCGAGUUCUCCCAGAGUUUAAGAAGAAAGCUGUAUGGACCAGAGCAUAUGGUUGGUGAACAGUUCUGCAGCCGCCAGCAGCAUUCUCAGCUGGAUGAGGAAAACCAUAGAAAUGGAAGAAGUUUUUGAGAAUUCGUGUCUGGUAUCACUGAGACAUGAUGCAGAGAGUUAGGGUCCUGAAAGGGUGGCCGUGUAACUGGCAGCUUGACACGUGCACAUCAGGAGAAGAGGACAUCACUUCAGUACCCAGGCCAGUUGAGACUGAAACAAGAACUUGAAUUUUCUUUUAUUUGGCUAGAGUUCAAUCUGAAGAUUUCUUUGUGAAAAUUUGACUAUAUCAUCUCCUCUCCACUAAAUUCUAGUAAAAUUAUCUGUGAAUUUUGUGCAUAUGACUUUUAUUUGUUUUUAAGGCACAGGGAAGGUUUUGCUUGUGGUAACAGAGGCAUCAUGAUCUAUUUCCCAUGAAGUUUCUGGAGGAUAUUCAUUGAUUCAGUGGAUCAAUGACUCAGUGAAUUAGAUAUGUUUUCUUAUUCUUUUCAAUAAAACACUCUUUUGGAACUGCUAUACACAUUUAAAAAUAAGCAUAGUGUUGAACAUUAGCUAAAUCAGAUUCAUUAGCGGUGGCUACAAUAUUGUUAUGCUUGGGUCUUUGAAUGCAAGUGAAAGUUACCCAAUUCAAAAUAGCUUCAGCCAAAAAAGGGAAGAUAAGCUCACAAACCAAAAAGUUUAAGAGAAGAUCUGAUCAGGCACAGCUGUAUCCAGUGGGUCAAACAAGAGCCAUCAGGGCAUGGCAUCAUUCCACAUGGUUGGCAAGAUGGCUGCCGGCAACCUCAAAGGGCAGGAGAAGUGUCUUUGCUCACAGGUAUGGCAGAAGCAACAUGGGGAGGACUCUGGUUUAGCCUGGGUCAUAUGUGAGUCCCUGAACAACCAUGUGGGCCCUGGGAGAUGGGGUACUCUAGCUGACCAGGUCUGGGUCAUAUGUCCACUGAACUGGGUACCCCCCAGAAGAGAGAUGAUGAGUUGCUGGACAAAUAUCUCCUCAAAAGAUCAAACUUUUUUAUAAGUGCAAAUCUCUAUCUUAAUCAGGCUGACUAGUGGCUUAAUGACAUGUAAAUGACAGUAUGUGACAGUAUCCUCAAGGACUGCAUUUUACUCAAGGGCUUGAGAAUCAGCCAGCAUUUUAAUAUUGAUCUGUUUGCUAAUUGUCUUUCCUUCAUGCAGCCAUUAACAAGGGCUGUCUUUAAGUACUCAUAUAAAUGUAUUGAUGUAUACAUAUAUGGGAUCACUGGGGAGAUAAUUUGUGCCACUAGCUUAAUGUGCUUUUGUGUCUAUCAUGCUGUAGCAGUGCCUGGUACUUUAGCAGCACCAGGGAACUUUUAGUAUUCCUGCGUGGCAUGUACCUUCGUGUUGUCACCAAGUGUGCCUACCACUUAGGUUAAGAAGAGCUCCACUAGUUUUAUUUCCCAAAUAUAUGGAUUUAUGAUUUCAGGUUUCAAAUAUUUGUGGUUCACCGUGUAAAUCACACCCUUUUCCCAGGUCACAGUUCUUUUGCUGAACUCCAUAGUGCACCAAGAUGCUUACAGAAAAGAGGGAAGGGAAGGCUGGCUCUCGGGUAGUGUUUACCUGCAUUGCCAUAGUUUCAUAUAUAUUACUUCCUUAGCGUUUGGGCAGGAGGGAAAUGAAUGUGAAGGAAGCAGAAAGGUAGAAAAUUUACAUUAGAAGCCAGCUUUCCUCUCCUUCCCACUCACAUACACUUUCCUAUACUUCCUACCAAUUAGAGGUUGACAUUCACCUAACGUUUAUUGUUGGGUGCCAGGCUGUGCAUGCAGUAGAGCUUUCAUGUGUAUUAUUUUAUUGAACUCUUACACCAGUAUUGUGAAGAGGCAUUAUUUUCUAUUUUAAAAUGGAUAAAACACAUCUAAUAAGUGGCAGAGCUACACCUAGAACCUAGAUCCUAGAACCCCAGAUCCAAUGCUCAUUCUAUUGCAUCAGGCAUCACCUACUUAAGAGGAAAACUCACCAAGGAUUAAACCUCACUCAUGCUUAAUAUUCAUUGCUGUAAUCAGAUAAAAGAAACACCCCUGCCCCAUAUUAAUAAGCCUCUGGAAUUGGGAAGAUUAGGAGUUUAGUGUAAAGGAACAGGUCUUCCUAGGUUGAAGGACAUAGAUUCCUGGGCCAACUUGCAGGCAUGGAUGGCAAUAAAGAACAGUGAAGAGGAAGUGGGCACUGAAGGACUGCUCUGCGUUUUUCUCCCUGAAUCAGCGAGCAGAGCUUGCUAAGGCUCAAGGAAAAGGAGGAAGAAUCAGCCCAGUCUGCUAAACCCAGACUGCCUUUUUCAGUUCAGGCCAGUUUCUUCCCAUUCAAACUUUGUCCCUGCUCCUGCCCUUGAGAAGGAAACAGAAGAGUACAAAAGGAGGGAGUAAGAUAGAUCUCUAUCCUCUCUUCCCUACCUCCCUCUUUGCUUUCGGGAGUGUAAGAUUCAUUAGCUUUUCCUAUUCAUGGGAACCUCUAAAGAGUCUAAAAUGGAAGAUGCUAAAUUUGAAAAAUCGAAAGGGUCUAAAAUCUAUAUAUUCUAAGAUGUGGGUCACUGGAAUAAGAAGACCCUUUCUCUUGGUUACCGGUAUGACCUCAGAUAAGAAUUAAGUUAUUCCCUCAGGAUAUUUCAUUUCCCCAGAAACCAGAAAUCUCUGCUUUUUUAGACCAGAUGUCUGAAACUAUAUAUAAAAAGAGAUGUUUCCUUACAAGUCAUCUUCUGUUAGUUUUUGAAAUCACAAGUUGCCAAGACAAAUAGCAUGCUGGAGUAUACUAACAAAUUGACAUGUGGGGUUAGAGCCAUGUUGUGUGUCUCAGAAGUAUCCAAACACUCUGAGUCUUGAUUUGAAAAGUGUACUUUUCAAACAGAUGCUGGGAUCCAGGCAAGUGCCUCAAAUCUCCUUUGUGUAUUGUUUGUAAUGUAAUGGCUCCAUGGUAACUAAUAGGCUGUUAGUAACCUUUUUUUGAAGUUAAUUGCCACAAGUUAACUUCUCUAAAUUAAUUUUAACCAAAGAUAAUGGUAUUAUAAUUAUAUAAGGAGUAAGAUUUUAUUAGGCACUCAACUACUGUCUUGAAAUAACUUAGUCACUUUGAAAGUAAGCAGUAGUUUUAGAUUUUUGGUAAACAUUUUUGUAAAUUGCUGUUUUAGAAGAGAAAUCAGAUCGUUUGGUUAAGAGGAUGGGCCUUUGUUACAGCCAGAGUUGUAGGCUAGGUCUCUGGUCAGUUUGUAUCUCUGACUCCAAUCAGCCUAUUCAUAGCUGCAGGCAUUUCAAAUGGAACCAGGGGACAGAAUGUGGCUGGAACAGUUCACAUCCUUCGUCACACCUCACAGCAUUAUCUUCACAUAUCAACGUGUGUCAUCAUUGCUCUGGUCCUGGAUGAGGUAAUAUGCUUUUAUAUUUUCUGGAAGGAAAUACUUCAUUCUGAUCCUGGAAACUCUAAAGUCUCAUCUUUUUUAAUGUAUGAUACAUAAAGUAUUUAUGAAGUUGUGAGUAUGCCUGUAAUCUGUUAAUCUUCAUAAACGGUACAAAAUUCUUUGAAAUUGCAAUCUAGAAAGAUCAUCUGAUUCCUGCCAGACAUGGGAACUUGUGAAAUAAUUUCCAGCUAUUGGAUAAAAAAGUGGAAUAAAAAUGACAGUGAUGACUUUGA